UGAAGAAGACACACCGCCACUCAAUUCAAAUUUGAACGCGGUAGAUGUGAUCUCUGUUCGCCCCGAGCACGAUAUUUUGUUCUUCACUUUUAAGCAGUUUCCCUGACUGUGAUUAUUUUGAGGUGGUGCGCGCCUGGAGGAAAAAUUAUGGGAAGCCGAACAAGUGAAGCCCUGGCAUCUUCCCUUGUAACUGGCAUCAAUCUUGCCAUGGCGAGACUGGUAGACAUCUGGGACAGUAUCGGCAUCAUGGAGGACCAGAGGAUUGAAAGGAUGCAGACUGUUAAGAAAUGUAUUGAGGAUCUUUUGACAGACAUGAUCAGUGAAGAGGAGUCGAUGAGACACCGCAUCAAAACCAGCAUCAUUACAACUCGGAAGCAGUUGGAGAAGCUGUGUUUCGAACUGUCUGUGGAACCAUACAAAGUGGAGGAAGACCUGACGGUUCUUCAGGUAGAGAAGAACCUGCGCUGUCACCUGGAGACCCUGCAGAAGGAAAAGAGUGAGCGUCUGAAAGAGCUGAGUGAGCUGGCGCAGCAGGAUGAGGAGCUGUGUGUGCCGCUGUGUACUACACCCUAUUACAUUCCCACUGGCAGCGUCCCCUCUCACAAACAACUGCAGGAGCUCCGCGAGCACAUCAGACAGCUCAGUGAGGAAAAAGAGAGCAGGGUGAAGGUGUUCUCUGGGCUCCGGGAGGACAUCAGAAGUCUAAUGGAUGAGAUGGGCCACGAGGCAGAAACCAGUCUGGAGCAAGAGUGUGUCUGUCCCGACACAGACAUCUUCCUGCUCACACACGACAACAUCAGAGCUCUCAAGUUGUUGCUCAGUCAGCUGGAAAUGAAGAAGGAGUCUCUGGUUUCAUCCCGGGAUAGUCUGAAAGAUCGUGCUAUGACCCUGUGGAAUCGCCUAAGCUGUCCAGAUGAGGAGGCAGAGGAAUUCAAUCGGGAGCCACAGAACGUUCUCCGUGAUGACAUCAGAAAGUGGCAGGGUGUGGUGGAUCGUCUCGAGCUGCUCCAGAAGACCAAGCUGGAGGAGGUGAUAGAUAAAGUACGACAAGAGCUGGUGGCUUUGUGGGACAAGUGCAUGUUUGGCCCAGAACAGCGAGAACCUUUCAGUGUCCACUUCUGUGAUGCUAAUUACACAGUGGAACUGCUCAACCUGCAUGACUGCGAGCUGCUGAAGGUGAAGGAGUUUUAUGAGAAGGCGCGUCCUUUACUGGAGAGUAUUGAGAAAUGGCAGAAGAACUGGGCUCUCUUCCUGGAUUUUGAGAGAAAGGCAGCAGAUCCGAAUCGCUUCUCCAACAGAGGAGGCGCUUUACUGAAGGAGAGCAAGGACAGAGCUAAAGUGCAGAAGCUGCUCCCAAAGUUAGAGGAAGAUCUGAAAUGCCGUGUGGAGGCUUGGGAAAAGGUUGAAGGCUCACCAUUUCUUAUGGAAGGCCAGAGGGUGAUGGAGUACAUCUCCAAACAGUGGGAGGAGCAUCGUUCACAGAAAGACAAAGAAAAGAAUGAACGCAUGUCUAAGAAAGCAGACAGCACUCAAUUUAAAACCCCGAAUAAGAGACCUCAUGGAGCAGCUAACACCAGUGUGACCCCCAGCAAGAUGCGGAAGACUCCUAAUCAGCUUUUGCUGCGCACCAACAUGAUAAGCAGCAGCACCAGCAGUAUGUCCAGCACAUUUGUGUGUGUACCUGGCAAGCCUCCAAUCUCAGCCAAGAGGGUUAAAACAUCUGAGGCAAGCUCAGCCCCUCGGACACCACUGCAAGAGUUCAACAGUGAUAAGAAUCUCGACCCUUUCUCCUACUCUGACUUUACACACGAGUUAUCAAGAAAGGCCCAUCACGAUGCUGUUAUGAACUCCACUGUCAAAGACGUGGUGUUGUAAUUCACCUUCAAAAUGUGUUUUCAUUUUAGGUCAAACUCCUCAUAUGCAGCUAUUAUAUUUAGGGCCUAAGCCAUUUCUUUUUCUUAGGUGAUGUUUGUAUUUACAUUUGUACCAUGCACCCUUUUUUUUUUUUUUUUUUUUUUUUUUUAAAGCAGUUGAAUGAUUUUUCUCUCAGGUUUAUAUACUCUUUUUAAAGAGACAUCCAAUGUUUAUGUAUUGUAUCCAUUUCACAUGUUUUUAAGCUGAGCACCUUAAGUACAUGCAUGUAUUAAAUCUGUGUAUUUUGUUCUCAAAACCAAAUAAAUAUCUAAAUUUGUGGGGGGGGUUUCUACUUAAUUGUUAAGCUAGCAAUUUGCAUCUAUUAAUUGUGUGUGUGUGUGUGUAUACACUGCAGGAUUUUUAUCCCACCACCAUAACCAAGCUGCUGCCAGAACUGCAAUAAUGAACCCAUAUUUCUCACAAAUGUAACGGUUUACCUGCAUGAGGUAACAGAAGUCACUUUCCAUAACUCGAUGAUGAUCUCAGGGUUGUAUUUGAACCAUUGCCACUUACCCCUUGCUAUCUAGUGUGCAACAACCCCUCUCCAAAAAAAAAAAAAACAGGGAUGUGAUUUUUCCGGGAAUUCGCGGAAUUCCGCUUUUUUCACCUCAAAAUUAAAAAAAAAAAAAUUUCCGAUUUUUCACUCAAAAAUCCGCAUUCAUAUCCUAUUCGUUACAACUUUCAGUAAUUCCGUCAUUGAGAUGAAACGAGGCACGUGAUUGGUCCAUCGCUCUGUAACAACCAAUGAACGCGCUUGUUAGAUAGCUGUACGUAGGCUCGCUUCAAACAAAGAGUUGAAAGAUGGCAGCCUCCGUAAUCGAGCGUAAAGAUGCACCUGAUCAUCAGUUUGGUGUGUGUUUUUAAAGUAAAUAAACAUGGGGAAGAAGAAAAAACAACCCAGUUCAUUUCUUUCCCCAUAAUAAGCCUGUGAGUGGUGAUGGUGUCACUGCACGUGCGACAGAGUGACGAAGGUUGCCGUGGCAACGGGGCCUCGCGCCAGCUGUUGCUUCCUGGAUGCGCGUGCGCACGCUAUGAAAGCUGUGGCGAAAAGGUUAGCAUCGGAGGCUAAACCUUCUGAGGAGAAAAGAAGGGGCGUUUUAUAUUUCAGUUUGUUUUAGUUAUGUCCGAAGAAACAGCAGUUUAAAUCACGGCUCUAGUUUACAAAUCAAAAUGGUUACUCAGUGAAAACAAAACAAAAGCUAGAGAGAGGGGGAGUGGUGGGAGUUUAACCCGGGAAAGUGAGUCUGUGAGGCGGCAGUGAUGCUUGACCCCUCCCGCCUCCUCUUACUUUACUUCAGAGUCUCUGCCAACUUCACAGAUUAUUUCACCUUUUUCACUCGAAGUUAGUUUUAAUUUUCGCUCGAAACUUUUCCCACAGCGUGGAUGUAAGGUAAUUAUAUACAAUUUUGAUUUGUUUAUUCAAUAUUAAAAUGUUAGUGCAAAUAAUACAUACUUGCCAACUUUUCAAAAUUCUCAUGAGGGAGAAAAGUGCAUGAAAGACAUUUUCAAUUGGCCGAGGGUCUGAUGCGCGGUUGAAAUGAUAAAAACAGUGGAUCCCAAUUAAUUGCAAACACAUUUUUUGUGAAUGUUGUUUAGUGAAAAAGUGAUUUUUAUUCUUGCAUAUGAAAAUCCUCAAGUGAGUGAACACUCUACAGUUAUGUAUAUGAGUCAAUUUCACAGAAAACGUGUAUAUAUAUAUUUUUUUUUUGUCCGGACGUGUUUUGUUUACAUUUUGAGAUUUCUAAAACCUUUUUAUGGUCUCAUAUGAUAAAACAUUAUCAGUUCUACCUUGCCUUUCAAAAUUUGACUACUUCGGUUCAUAAAUGUGCAUUUUGUAGCAAAUUUUAGGGGCAAAAAUGGCUGUUCCACUGAAAAGAGACUUUUUUUUCAGACAUGAUUCUUAAUGUUAGACAAAGGUGGAAUUGAAACUUUUUCAUGUUCAACGACAAGAUUGUGGAAACCACAAUGGACAUAUGAUGUCACAAACUGAAAAUGCCAUUAAGAAAAGAUAUUUUUCGAUUUUUUGUUAAUUUUUGUACCUGUCCCAGAGGUUUGUGUCAGUUCUGUUACCGUGAUUAAUCACAUAACAAAAAUAAAUGCUCCCAAAAGCUAUUAUUGAAAUUAUUUGUUGCCAAGGAUCUACAUAUUCUCACCUUUU